AUGACGCAUGAUACACGAGGAUGCCCGGGUAGGGGAUUGAGACCGCAACACCAACCGGAGCAAAACCCCCGGCGUGAGGCAGAGAUUGAUCGGAAAAGACAGAGGGGGCCUAAGGAUGAAGCUCCGAAACAAAAGGGGACUCGAGCAGAAGGCAGAACAAAGCCUUUCGACAGAGCUUUUAACUCAAUCCCAGAACCGAUGCCGAUCCAGAGCAAUUUGUUAGUAGAAUUGGGCGAAGUGGGUGACCAUGGAUCUGAGACACAAGUUGCUAAACCUUCUACCAAAGAGUGGGUUCGCAAGUCCUUUAGUUGUAACACGGGUCGAGGAGUGGAGAAGGAGGUACGAGAGCAGUCCACCAAGCGGAAUGAACCAUCCAAAGUUGUUACAGCCAUGGAUCGGGCACCAUGGUUCUAUGCUACGGAGGAGGAGGCGGCUGUUGCGAGGGAAGUGUUGGCACAAAAUCGGAAGUGGGAGCAGGCGGAGAACCCAGAGAAGGCCGUGGCAUCGAUUUCCAAGGAGCCGGCGGCAACGACGAGUCGAGCCGAACAGACGGCAAUUGUCCCAGAUCAGACAACAGCGAACGACCAUAGCUCCUAG